UGUAUACACAGCGCACACAAGUGGCCAUGCCCGGUCAUAUCUGCUUCAAUCAGCUUGGUUUAUACGAUCUGUUUUUUAACGUUCACUCUUGCCGUCGAUAAUCCGAGCCCUAUGGUUCAAUAACUAGCGAAUAUCGUGUCUGUGGGUAUCCUGAGUUAUCGAGGUGCUUCAAUAUCGAGUGUUUAUACGAAAGUUGCAAUUUAAAUAACGUAUAACGCUUCAUACAUAACGUUGAUCGCGGUACGCGUGAUACGUAUAGAUAGGGGCCGAUCUGUGGAAUGGAUGCUUAAUAAGUUGUGCCUCGCGUUGCUUAUAAUUACCCUCCCUAAAUCUUUUUGCCACAUUUGCUUACAGCUAUCAUUGAACUUCAAACAAGUAUCUAUGAUGCUGUUUUAUUAAGGUCAUGACAACAAUUUAUGUGCUUUCUAAAAGUUAUAUUUGUGAUUAUUGUGGUUUUGGAUAAAUCAUUCAUUCCUUGGUCAAGUUGUGAAGUAUUUCAUAUAAUUAUGGAAUCAAAUGACAGAAAAAAUGUUUAUCUUACGAAAACGGGUGAUAAUUCUUUGAAUUCUGGAAUGAGAGAUACAAUGAUUGUUGGCCAAGCAAAUAUGGCACCAGAAUGUGGUGAACCUGUAAUGAAACCUGGAAGUGUGUCCAGUGUUUCAAACAAUCAAGCAAAGUGGUCAAAUACUCAAAGUAAGAAUUUUAUAAUCAAUGCAGUUCCCGUGAAGAACGAGAUUGUUCAUCUUGAAGAUGGUGCACAUUGCAAUAAAAAAAUGUAUUAUUAUGAUAGACAUUACACAGGCCACGAAGAAACAGAGAGACCAACACGUAGAGGAACCAAACGAUACAGAGACAAAGAUGCACCUAAAAGAGCAUUGUCUGCCUUUUUCUAUUUUUGUCAAGAAUUACGUGGAAAAAUGAGAGAAUUGCAUCCAGAAAUGGGAGUCGGUGAUAUCGCUAAAGAGCUGGGCAAAUUAUGGAUGAGUACAGAUCUUCAAACUAAAUCAAAAUAUAUGGCAAUAGCAGAAGAAGAUAGAGCCAGAUAUGAAAGAGAAAUUAUUGCAUAUAAUAAAAGAGUAAAAAACUAUGAUCCAGAAGAAGUUGGACCUGUAUAAGUUUUUGAAUCUAUUAAGAAAGAAGGGACAGUGUACUUUGCCCUACGUCAAGCACUCGCCAAUUAAAAAAAUAUAACAAUUUUAUUAAUAGUUUAGUAUUGUCAAUCGUUGUAUAUAUUAUGUACACUGUUGACAUUAACGAAUCUGAAGAAAAAUUAAAUGCUAUAAAAUUUGGUUAUAAUUCUUGAAAAUAAUAUUUGUAAACAACUGUUUCACGUUUAUUUGAUAAUUGGGUAUUAUUUUUUGUGACUAAGGUGUGCUAAUAUAUUUACAAACGAUACCUAAUACAAGUAAUAAUAUUAAUAUCAAUAGUAAUAAUACCGAAAAUAAUAAUUACAACUGAUAAUAAUAAUAAUAUUACUAUUAUUAUUAUUAUUACUAAAUGAUAAUGAUAAUCUGUAUUACUAUUAAAUAUGUUAUACACAAUUGAAGCACAAUAACAAGUAAAAGUCAAGCAGAGUGAGCUUUGUACAGUGCACUUUUCUUGUCUAAUUAUGCAUUAUUCAUGUUUAUAAUGAUAAAAUUAGAUAUCAGGGACUAUUUAUAUCUAAAACCCUGUAUAGAACAUAUAUUCCAUGUAUUUUGUUCUUUUUCCAAUAAAGAUAAAAUCAUUUAAAGCA